AUGGGUGAGGCAGUGGGUGAGAAGGCGUAUGUGCCUUUUUACUACUCGCAUUUCGGCAAGAAUUUUCUUCUGCUGCUGCUCAGUCUGGUUACUGUGCCUGUCUCGGCUGCAAUUGUUGUCGCCAGCCUGGCGAUAUCGUCGUUCAAUGGCAAACCUAAACCCGUGCAGAAAGAUGCAUCGACAAAAACGAAGACGAUCCUCGUUACUGGCGUCUCCAUGACCAAAGGCCUUACCAUUGCUCGCAGCCUGGCCCAACAUACUCCCCACCGCGUCAUCGGGGCCGACAUAUCUUCACUUUCUCCAGGCCGUUUCUCAAACUCGAUAUCGAAAUACUACCGCCUGGACACACCCCACGGCGACGAUGCAGAACCCUACAUCGACUCCCUCCUAUCCGUCAUCCAGUCUGAAUCCGUGGACCUCUGGAUCUCCUGCUCCUCCGUCGUCGCCGCCGUCGAAGACGGCCAAGUCGUACGUCUCGCCAAAGCCUCCGCAAAAAAACACAACCGCGUCUUUGAAGCCAUCCAAUUCAGCGAAGACGUCGUCGAGAAAUUCCACUCCAAGGAUAAAUUCAUCGACUACAUCGCAUCCCUGAACCUGGCGAUCCCAGAGUCCCACCGCUGCACCUCCGCCGACGAAGCACUGGCCGUCCUCCUCCGCAAGAACGAGUCGGGCAAGAAAUUCCUCGCGAAACCGAUUGGCGUCGAUGACCGCGCUCGCGCUGCAAUGAUGACUCUCCUGCCCUUGCCCAGCGCGCAGGAAACUACCAACUAUGUCAAGUCCCUCAACAUAUCACCCGCCAAUCCCUUCCAACUCCAACAAUUCAUCGCAGGCAAGGAAUACUGCACGCACGCACUCGUCAUCCGCGGUCACGUCAAGGCAUUCACAUCCUGCCCUUCAUCCGAGCUACUCAUGCACUACGAGCCCCUGCCCGCCUAUUCCAACUUGUCGCAGGAAAUGCUCAAGUUCACCGAAAAAGUCGCGCAGGACGGGGGGGAAUCGUUCACGGGGCAUUUGAGCUUCGACUUCCUCGUUCAGAAUGACGAUGGAGGGGAGGUUUUCCUGUACCCGAUUGAAAGUAAUCCGCGCGCGCACACGGCUGUAGUCUUAUUCGACGCCACGCCAGAAAUGGCAGAUGCGUAUCUUAGUGUGUUUAGAGAUGCGAUUACGGAUUACAACACCGAGACGCCUGUGUAUCCCACGGCGCCGACGAAGAGUUAUUUCUGGGCUGGGCACGAUUUGGUGGAGUUUGGGAUUCUGCCGGUGUUGGAUGCGUUGAGUGGGAGAGGAGGGUGGGCGGAUGUUAUCACUGGGAUCAAGGCGUUGGCGUAUCAUCUCAUGUAUUGGAGAGAUGGGACGUUGACGAUACGGGACCCGGUGCCGUUUUUGGUGCUGUAUCAUGCGUAUUGGCCGGGGAAGUUUGUGGAGAGUUUGAGGAUGGGCAAGGCGUGGAGUCGGAUCAAUGUUAGUACGACGAAGAUGUUUGACGGAUGA